GUUGACAGCGGACAUUAUUUUCUCUUUAGAGCAUUAUUAAUGUGAAUCGCUUUCGGGUCACAAUGAAUAUCAUCCUUCAUUUGACAGCGCUGCUGCUGCUGAUAAUCACAAGUAACAUAGUGGUCAAGGAAUCUCAAGGAAACUGGUACUGCUCUAUUCCGGUGAACAGAAGCUGUGCAAAUACUUCCAGUUAUGUGGACUGUCAUAGUCAAAAUUACUCUUGCACGGCCUAUUCCUGCAACUCUCAGAGUGCCGGCUGCUCCUGCAAGAUAGGAUCCUACAACUGCAGCAACGACUGCAACUAUGUUUCUCCAGAUGUCUGUAACUGCGAGAAAGAACCCCAAUCCUGCUACUGCCUGGGAGAUAAAACUACAAAGAACUUGAAUGAGUUACCUCCACAACAGAUCGUGAAUCUUGUUGAACAGAUUGCCAAUAUGACGGAUCAAAUGUCUCCCAAAAUGGCGGAAGACUAUUUGAAGAUGGUUGAUGCUGUCCAGAUUAAGUUUUCAGAAUCGGUCAAUGCUAAUGAUACCGAUAAUUCAGCGUCAUAUGGAAACACUUAUCUGAACGCCUUUGAAAGCCUGGUGUCUGCACUGGUGAAGCCAACAGAAACAUACGAAUUGCAGAAUAUUGGUCUCAACAACUCAGAAGUAAGAGUUCUUGCGAUUGGACCAAAUGCAUCUGUAAAAGAAAUCCCUUUGAUCAGGACAGAAAAAGCUCACAUGGAUAUUGACCUUUUUGAGAUUGCCAAGAACAGCAUUUUAAGAUCAGCUUCUGUGGCUUUCAUGAGCUACAACGCAAUGGAGAAUCUACUGAAGCCAGACUUCUUCUUCAACACAUCAAAUGACACGAUUAAAACCAUGAUGUCCACUGUGAUCUCCGCUACUCUUCACAAAACCACCAACACUAAACUCACCAAACCAGUCAACUUCACCCUCAAACACAUCAGAGAGUUUGACCCCAGCGGUUCUCUGUCCUGUGUGUACUGGAAUACCAGCGAGUGGAUUGUAGAUGGUUGUUCUGUUUUAGAGACUAACAGCAGCUACACUGUGUGUUCCUGUGUCCAUCUGUCGACAUUCGCUCUCAUCAUGCAAACCAGCAGACCACCAGAGAGCGACUCACUGCUGGAUCUGUUGAAUUUGGUGUGUGUGAUUGUGGGGCUGGUGUUCUUCAGUUUGGCCCUGUUGACCUUUGCCCUUUGUCAGUGGAGUCCUGGAGUGAAUAAUGUGGCUCGAAUCAACCUCUGCAUCAGUCUUCUGCUGGCUCACCUUCUGUUCCUGCUCACACAACAGUUCCUGAGCUUCAUACGCCCCCUACAGGUGUUGUGUGACGUGAUAUCAGGUGUUCUGCACUUCCUCUUUCUCUCCGGCUUUGUGUGGAUGUUCAUUGAAGCUGUGCUGCUCUUCAUCUGUGUGAAGAACCUAUCACAGAUCAGCUCCAAAAAGAGGGAGGUGCUUAGCAGUGGAUUCCUGUGUGUGAUUGGAUAUUCUAUUGCUCUGGUUGUGGUGGCCGUGUCUGUCGGGCUGGUUCCUGGAGGCUACGGCAGCGAACAGUGCUGGAUUAAAAUGGACAAAGGUUUAAUCUGGAGUUUUCUGGGUCCUGUUUGUGUCAUUCUAGCAAUAAACAUGAUUCUCUUCAUCAACAUCAUCAUCAGUUUGAACUCAACUCUCAAAACUCUGAACGCUGAAGUUUCACAGAUGAAACAAACCAAGACUAUGGUAUUUAAAACUCUGGCUCAGUUUGUGGUUCUUGGCUGCUCCUGGAUUCUGGGUUUCUUCACUAAUGUCAGUAAGGUUCUGGAGAUCAUCUUCCUGAUCUUGAACUCCCAGCAGGGAACCUUCAUCUUCCUGGUCUAUUGUGUCCUUAAUAAUGAGGUCAGGCAGCAGUACAGGAAGUUCUUCAGAUUUCUCAGAUAUGUCUUUGCUGUGGACACAAACACUGAGGAUUACAAAAUCAUGAUCAAGAAAUAAAAAUACUGCUCAAGUGCCAUUAAUAUACAGGUGAUGUUGUCAUGAUUCCAGUCUGUGUUUCCCUGUCUCAUGGUUAAGGACUUUAAUGUUGAAGUUUUUCUGUUAAAUUCUGUGUUCACUUCCUGUGUUUAGUUCCUGGUUCCUUACUCUCUUGUCUGUUUCCAUAGCUACCCUCAUUUGUUACCAUGGCCACCCGAUGCUGUCCCUUGUUAGCCCCUUGAUUUCCUUGUGUAUUUAUACUCUGUGUUUUAGUUGCCUUGUGUCUGCCAUUGUUUUUGCAUGUUUCGUGAAGCUGUUAUGUUUUUGUUCCUUGCAUUUUGUUCCUGUUCCUGGUUUGGAUUUUGAUGUGGAAUAUCUUUGUUUGUGUUUUUGAAAUUAAUGUUGUAGCAUGUGGAUUUUUGCUCCUUCUCUUCUGCUGCUUCAUAACAGAUGUUAUAUUUACAGUAAAAUACACAACAGAAUCAAUGUUUUGGAUGUUCCGUGUAGUCUCAGCCCAUUUCUGUACACCAGUCUUUUGAUAAAUACUGUUAACUGUAUUUAAUCUUUUUAACCCACAAGAUUUUUUUGGUGGAGGGUGAAAAGCAUGUUGAGCUCGGAAAGCUCCUAGCAAAGACUGUUUCUUCUGUAAGAACCCUUUUUAUAUUACUUCAAAUAUUCAUAUAGCAAAACAUAUUUUCAGGAGGGAAGUUCACAGGUUUUAUAGGUGUAGGGGAUUUACCUUUAUAACUAAACAAUUAAAAUAACUAUAUGAACAGCUGAUAUCUCAAAAUCUGUAUUGUCAUAUGGCUUGCAUUUUUGUAUUAUAACAUGGGAAUGAUUGAUUAUUGUUUUUGUUCAGGUUAGUACAUGUUUUGUUGCAAAGUUAUGUCUCAAUAAACAGACAAAGCAAAAAGCUCCAUAUAAUAGACUGAAUUUGAGAAGAAUAUUGUGGUUUGCAAAAUGAAAAUUUAAAUCAAGCCAUUUUCUGCAACUUAUCUGUAUUUAAAAUGUAACAUACAAAUGUCUUAAAGGGGUCAUGAACUGCAUAAUUUUAUUAUUUUAUGUUUUCUGAGGUGCACUUAUAAUGUUAUGAUUUUUACAUCAAAAAAAUGUAGAAAUAAAAGGCAUUUUUCCUACCCUGAUUU